AUGGUUACUCUUCUUAGCCUCUUCACCAGCAGCAGCCUCAUUUUCCUCUCCUUCCUUCUUGGCAGCAGCCUUCUUCUUACGACCGAUGUCCACCCCAUAAUGCUGGAGGUACCACUGCUUGAAAGGCGCAGUAUCAACUUGAAUAAAAGCACCCUUAACCAAAGUCUGGGACGUAACCAGCUCAUUAUUGGACGCGUUAUAAACGACGUCCAGAAUACGAGUCUUCCUGGUGACAGCCUCACUGCCCCAAGAGAAGUUUCCUGUGUCCAGCCUCAAUGCACGCCACUUCACAUUACCUCCACGGACCCUCACCCUGCGGACAGUCUUGUUGCUCGAAAACUUUGUGUUUGCGGGUUGUCUUUCAAGCUCGUACUUUCUCUUCUUCCUCCAAGUCUUCUUCUUUCCUCCAGUCGUACGCCUCUUGUGCAUGGAAUCCCGAGAAAUACCCAUGGUUGCAGGCGGAUGAUUCUACGGUCCCGACGAAUCACUGGACCACCCAUGGUGCCGGUCACCUCCGGAGAGAAGCAGAGGUCACCGCAGCGUGAAGAGGAGCUAGAGAAGAAACGGAGAGAUGACGUGCUGAUUUGA